UAAGCCUGAGCUUACAGAAAGCAAGACAUUGUAGAGAGAGAAAGUAAGAUGUUUUAAGAGAGAGAGAGAGAGAGAGAGAGAGAGAGAGGAGAAGAGCUUGCUGAGGAGGUUGAGUGAGGGAGAUAAAGAGGGAGGAAAAAGCUGAAAAUUGUGGUUCUUGGAACUCUCUGAGGUCGUUGAUUUUGAUUACACACUAGCAAAGAUGAUCAACACAAGCAUAUACUUCUUGUAUCACAAUGAAGAAUAAGAAUUGUUUCUAGAAAAAGGUUAGACAUUGGUGAUCUUAGUCAUAGAUCCAUGCUCGAGGUAUAAACACAGGGAGAGAAGGAAGAGGACAAAUGGUAUUCGUUGAGUUUUCUUGAAUUUCAAGACUGAGUUUGUCGGAAGGGUUUCAAGAAGUUUUGAUUUUUGAAGGGGGUUUCAUGAAUUUUGAUAUUAUUUGGAGAACAGCCUCGCCGGUUGAGAUUUUUUUUAUUUUCAAGAUUUGAUUUUUGAAGGGUUUAAACUUUUUGUGUUACUAUGGAGAAUAGGACAGCAGAAUCAGCUCCGCCACCUCCGGCAGCGGCGCCGCCAGCUGAGGAGUUGCUGAAGAAGAUUCAAGAAUUAGAAUUAAGCCAUGCCCACUUGAAGCAAGAGAUGUCUAAGCUCAUCACUUCAUCCACAGCUGAAAUUAUGGCUGCUGAUCGUCGUCAGAAGCAGAGGUCCCACUCCAUCUCCCCACAGCGGGCACCACGGCGGCGGGCAGCCGGUGGAGAUGGUAGCUCAGCGGCGGCGUGGAAGACGGGCUCGGCGUCAUUUCGGCAUUCAUCACCGUUGCAGAGGGAGAGUCGUAACCGGGACUCUUGGAGUGGCGGUGGGGGACCUGCGGCUGUUAAGCUUACGGAUAAGCAGUAUUUGAACAUCUUGCAGUCAAUGGGGCAAUCAGUGCAUAUACUUGAUCUUAAUUGUCGGAUCAUUUACUGGAAUAGAAGUGCUGAAAAUCUUUAUGGAUAUCCAUCCGAAGAGGCUCUAGGGCAGAACGGCAUUGAGCUACUAACAGAUCCUCGAGACUUUUCUGUGGCUAGUGACAUUGUGUAUCGUGUGACAAUGGGUGAAAGUUGGACUGGGCAGUUUCCAGUUAAAAAUAAGAGAGGAGAUAGGUUUGUGAUUGUGGCAACUAAUACCCCUUUCUAUGAUGAUGAUGGUACUUUAAUUGGAAUUAUAUGCAUGUCACGUGAUUCUAGACCUUUCAAAGAAGCAGAUACAGUAAUGUCGGAAAGGAGGGACUUGGAAACUGAUUCAAGUUUUAGCAAGCCCAGAACCACGGCUACAGGCAAACCUGGACUUGAUCAUCAGCAGCCUCUACAAGCAGCAAUUGCCUCGAAAAUAUCAAAUUUGGCUUCUAAAGUGAGCAACAAGGUUAAAUCGAAAAUGAGGUCUGCAGAGAAUAUGUUUGAUCGUGAAGGUGGCAGUGGGGAUAGCCACCACUCAGAUCAUGGUUUCUUAGAUACUACUAUGCUGGAGCAUCGGGAGGAUGCAGCUUCCAGUGGAGCUAGUACCCCCAGAGGAGAUAUACAUCCUUCUCCAUUUGGAGUGUUGUCUGCAGUUAGCAAUGAGGAAAAUUCCCCGGGUAAACCAUCUCGAGAUUCUGGUGAUGAGAGUGAAGGGAAAUCUGGGAUUUCUAGGAUCCUUAGCUCAAAGGCAGAGGCUUGGAUCGGCAAGAGAAGUUUAACAUGGCCAUGGAAAGGAAUUGAACGUGAUGGAACAGAACCAAAGUCUUCCCGCUUUGGCUGGCCAUGGUUACAGAAUGACCAAGAAAAUGAGUUGGGGCAGCAAAGGAGUGCUUCCGCCACAUUAAGAUCAGAAAAUCAGAUUACUGAAACCAAUCGUACAGCUAAUAAUGAGGCUUCAGGUUCUUGGUCCUCUUCAAUGAAUGUUAACAGCACGAGCAGUGCUAGUAGCUGUGGAAGUACCAGCAGUAGUGCUAUUAAUAAAGUAGAUAUGGAUAGUGACUGCUUGGAUUAUGAAAUCUUAUGGGAGGACUUGACUAUUGGAGAACAAAUUGGUCAAGGUUCCUGUGGAACUGUAUAUCAUGCUCUGUGGUAUGGAUCAGACGUCGCAGUCAAGGUAUUCUCCAAACAAGAAUAUUCAGAUGAUUUGAUAUUUGCCUUUCGACAGGAGGUUUCACUUAUGAAAAGACUUCGACAUCCAAAUAUUCUCCUCUUCAUGGGUGCAGUUACCUCACCUCAACGUCUUUGCAUCGUGACGGAAUUUCUUCCACGUGGAAGUCUAUUCCGGUUAUUACAAAGGAAUACAACAAAAUUAGAAAGGAGACGGCGUAUUCACAUGGCUUUGGAUAUAGCACGAGGUAUGAAUUAUCUUCAUCAUUUAAAUCCGCCUAUCAUUCACCGUGAUUUGAAGUCUUCAAAUCUCCUUGUUGACAAGAACUGGACCGUCAAGGUUGGUGACUUUGGUCUCUCACGUCUGAAGAAUGAAACUUACUUGACCACUAAAUCGGGCAAAGGAACGCCUCAGUGGAUGGCUCCUGAAGUUCUUCGUAAUGAACCUGCAGAUGAGAAGGCUGAUAUAUAUAGCUUCGGAGUGAUACUGUGGGAACUUGUUACACACAAGAUUCCUUGGGAUAAUCUCAAUUCAAUGCAGGUAAUUGGAGCUGUCGGAUUCAUGAACCAACGGCUAGAGAUACCAAAGGAUGUUGAACCAGAGUGGACUUCUAUUAUCGAGAGCUGCUGGCAUAGUGAACCACAAAGCCGACCGUCAUUCCAAGAAUUAAUGGAGAAGCUAAAAGAUAUGCAGAGACAAUACAUGAUUCAAUCUCAAGCCGGGCGUGCUGUUGCUGCAGAUGCCAGCCAAAAAGAAUCAUAGACGCAAAUGGAGUACUGUAUUUGUGCAUGAUUGUGCUUAUAUUACUGCCAUCCAGCCAGCAGAUACAGCAACUUCAGUUUUUGGCAUCGAUGAAAUGUUGGUGAGAUUAUGACAUUCUGGGCGAAUGCAAAUAGCUUGGGGGCCUCAGACUGAAUACGUAUGACCGCAUCUGAAGAGGAUGUCAUUGAUGAAGUAAUCUCAUAAAACUGUCUGAAGAAAUCUGGUUGGUGAUUGAUGCGUGUAUGUUUUGCAUAUAUUCUGUCACAAUUUGGUUGAAACAAGCUGCUGUUUGGAUUACAUAAUUGCCAAGUUAGGUCAUUCUUGAUUGGUCAGCUGUAUAGCUCAGUGUAUUAAGAUAGUGAAAUGGAUUCUUUCGACUGCAUUCUGAUGAAUAAUUGACGCCCCAUUUCUGCAAGGCCAUAGGAUACGAGAAGUGUC